GACACAUUAUCCUCUCCCCCUCAUCCACGCCGAGAGCAUAAACAAGCAGCUCAACCAGAUCAGAACCCGAGCCCUCGGCAGAGCCCAUAUCCUCUGCACAUCUCGCCCUCCCCUGCCUCCCUCCAUUCCUCGCGCCGCGCAAUCCUCCGACCCUCCUCUCUAGCCGGCCGAAGAUGGUGUCGCUGAGGUGCACCACCGCGCACCACUCCCUCCUCGGCUCGCCGACCUGCCUCGCGGGCCCGCGCCGGCGGGCGCGACCCGUCGUGCGCGCCGCCGUCGCCGUCGAGGCCGGCGCGCAGGCCAAGGUCUCCCUCAUCCGGAUUGGGACGCGCGGAAGUCAACUUGCUCUUGCACAAGCCAAUGAAACUCGAGACAAACUGAAAGCUGCACACUCUGAGUUAGCUGAGGAGGGGGCUAUUGAGAUUGUCAUCAUAAAGACCACUGGGGACAUUGUCUUGGACAAACCCCUUGCAGAUAUUGGAGGAAAGGGUUUAUUCACCAAGGAGAUAGAUGAAGCACUCUUGAACGGAACGAUUGACAUCGCGGUUCACUCGAUGAAAGAUGUCCCAACAUAUCUUCCUGAAGGAACAAUAUUGCCCUGUAACCUCCCGCGAGAGGAUGUCAGAGAUGCAUUCAUAAGCUUGACUGCAAAUUCGCUUGGAGAGCUUCCUGCUGGUAGUAUAAUCGGAAGUGCUUCCCUGCGGAGACAAUCUCAGAUUCUAUAUAGAUAUCCAUCACUAAAAGUAGUUAACUUCAGAGGAAAUGUUCAGACACGGUUAAGGAAACUCAAGGAAGGAGAUGUCCAUGCUACGUUGUUGGCACUGGCUGGACUAAAGCGGCUGAAUAUGGCAGAAGAUGCAACAUCUUUAUUAUCAGUGGAUGAAAUGCUUCCAGCAGUUGCCCAAGGUGCUAUUGGAAUAGCUUGCCGAAGCAAUGAUGACAAAAUGAUGGAGUAUUUGUCCUCAUUGAACCAUGAAGAUACCAGAUUAGCUGUUGCAUGUGAAAGAGAAUUCUUGGCGGUUCUUGAUGGUAACUGCCGAACUCCAAUUGCGGCCUAUGCUUAUCGUGAUAAGGAUGGGAAUUGCUCAUUCCGAGGUCUAUUGGCCUCACCUGAUGGAUCUAAAGUAUACGAGACAACAAGAACUGGACCGUACUCUUUUGAUGACAUGGUUGCUAUGGGCAAAGAUGCUGGUCAUGAGCUGAAGGCAAAGGCUGGCCCUGGCUUCUUUGAUAGCUUGCAAUGAAAAGAGAACAUGCACGGCACUCUUUUGGUUAGAAACAGACGGCCCAAGUAGAGUGUUGAGAGAUUUGUUUUUGUUUUAUUCUUUCUCCUAGUUCUGCUAGAGCCUUGUACCAGAUGUUGAGCUACUCCAUCCAAAUAUGUACGGCCUGUUCUUUUAGCACUUUGGGUUAGAACAUGAACGUCCACGGUUUUGUAAUCCCGAGUCGUGUCAAAGAGGUAUCUGCGCAGCUAUAUUGUAACAUUGCAAUCUGAUGUAACUUUGGAGAUAGUUUGUUGAAAAAUUGAGUUCUGAAUUAUCAUGAUUGA